AAACCAUUGGACUGAUCCACUACAGGUCCUGGCUUCAUAACUUUCAUUUAACUUAUUCACAUUAAGAUUAAUUAUCCAGUGAAAAGGGUUUAGACACAGGCCUGAAGCCAAAUAUCCUAAAGUCAUUGUUUCGUAGUCGAACAAUUUAGGCAAAUAUAUUACACGACUCAGACAAAUUACGUUUUCUUAUUGCUUUGUCUAAAUUUAAGUACUGUUCCACAAACAGAAACUACUUGAAAUAUAUCACAGAUAAUUUCAUCAAUACUCUGAAUUACAUCCCAGCGUGAAAAAUUCAAUUUAUUUGAGAUAUCUCACCAGCAUUAGUUUAAAUUUACUAAUUUGCGUUUCUAACGUCGCGGAAAAUGCGGCUUCUGAGUUCCCUAUCGCGGAUUCUUGCGGGUGUAAAUAGAAAAGCAUCAACUCGUGCUGUAAGAACAGUUGCACUGAUUCCAGGUGAUGGAAUAGGACCAGAGAUAUCUGCAGCUGUUCAAGAAAUUUUCAAGUUUGCCAAAGUUCCAAUUGAAUGGGAUCUGGUGGAUGUGACACCUAGACCUACAGGAGAUGGACGAUUUCGAAUGCCACAAGAAUCACUGGAUAUUAUACGUAAACACGGGAUUGGAUUGAAAGGUCCACUGGCUACUCCAAUCGGUAAAGGGCAUCAAUCUUUGAACUUAGCUUUAAGAAAGGAGUUCAAUCUCUAUGCUAAUGUUCGACCGUGUAAAUCUAUUGAAGGCUAUGAAACACCCUACAAAGAUGUUGAUAUAGUCACAGUAAGGGAGAACACUGAAGGUGAAUACUCUGGCAUUGAACAUGUGAUAGUAGAUGGUGUUGUGCAAAGUAUAAAGCUGAUCACUGAAGAGGCAAGUCGGCGUGUAGCCAAAUUCGCUUUUAAAUAUGCCAAGGACAAUGGACGUCGUACUGUAACAGCUGUGCAUAAAGCCAACAUCAUGCGAAUGUCAGACGGUUUAUUCCUUCGAGUUUGUCGUGAAGAAGCUAAUAAUCAUAGAGAUAUUGAAUUCCAAGAAAUGUUUCUAGAUACCGUUUGUUUAAAUCUUGUUCAGGAUCCAACGCGUUUCGAUGUAUUGGUUAUGCCGAAUUUGUACGGAGAUAUAUUGAGUGAUUUAGCAGCUGGUUUAAUUGGUGGGUUAGGUGUUACACCAAGUGGUAAUAUUGGUGAGACUGGAGCAAUCUUUGAAUCGGUACAUGGUACCGCUCCGGACAUUGCAGGUCAAGAUCGUGCCAAUCCAACAGCUCUCUUAUUUUCAGCUGUUAUGAUGCUUCGUUAUAUGGAGUUAAAUGAUUAUGCGAAUUUAAUUGAAUCCGCAGUAUUGGCUACAAUUCGCGAAGCUAAAGUAACUAGCUGCUUUUUAAUGCUCUUUUUUAUUUCUUGCCUACUUAUUUUACCAUUCCAGUAGCCAGAAAGUUAUCAGUAAAUUUUAUGUAUAUGCACCUUAAUAUCUUGUGAUGACAACAAUCGCUAUAUUAUGUGCCUACCUUUUAAUCCAUAUAUAAACUGGUGGACAAAGCAAAGUGUCUUACAGCUGAUCUUGGCGGUCAUUCAACCUGUUCGGAGUAUACAAAAGAAAUAUGUCGUAAAAUUGAACAGUUAGGUUGAACACCAUAUAUAUAUUAUACAUAUCUGUUAGAGUUUAGGUGCGUGCUCGCACGCACGCACGCGUGUAUGUGUGUGUUUACGCGUGUUUAGUAUAGAGCUCAGCUGUUUCGUAAAAUUUAUUACUGAAAGUAAUUUAGUUUCCUUCAUUUUGUAUUCUUGUAAUACUAGAAAUAACCACCUUUUUGUCAACAGCUGUAUUAUUGUUGUUAUUAUUAUUAUUGUCAAUUGCUACCGCUGGUAUUGUUACUUUAGAGUGUUUUUUUUUGUAUGUCAUUAGUUAGUGUUAGUUGUCUCAAUGCAGGCAGCGUUAACAACAACAAAAAUAACAAUAACUGGAUGAAUCAUCUUCACUUUAAAGUAUACAGUACACCAUUUAUCCCUUAAUACAUUUCAUCCUUACUUUCCCUAGCCUGCCUUCUUUCACCCCCCCCCGCCCCGUCGAAAUAGUGUUGUAAAUGUAUGAAUUCGUUCUGUUCGUGUCUUGUCUGUAUGUGUGUGUGUGUAUGGAUGUGUAGAGUUGUAAUAUAAUCAGUAACACUGCGUGUAGAGAAAGAGAGAGCUAGUUGAAUUUUUCUAUCUGUGUGCAUUUCAUCUUUAAUGAUAAAAAAAUUUUGAAAUGCUUUUUUCGUCUUCUAUUCAAUCUUCCAUUUU